AUGAGGUCCACAACAACGCGGCUCCAACAGUCAAUGCUAUCCCGCGUAGUCUCAGAAUACUCCCGCGAAGCAAAGCCCGCCGCCGCCGCCGCCGUCUCCAAAGCCGCCAAAGCUCCCCCAAAGGCCGGCCGCAAAUGGCCCCUAUACUCUAACAACACGCAACUCGCAAACACAAUCUCGCUCAGCCCGCGAGAACUCUACAAGCGCAUCGGGAAAUGCCUCGCCUUUGGCUGCGACCCAGACCAGACCCAACGCGCGGCCAGUCUCCUGAGAACCAUCAACGACGAAUGGCGUAAUCUCCACGCAGUCUCGCAGGGCAUCUACGACCCCAAGAACUCGGCGUACACUGUCCGACUGCGAGAUGGCGAGCCGAGUCAUCGUCCAUGGCUGGGUAUAUCUCAAGCGUCUACCUUGACCCAAGUCGCUGAGCAGUCAAUCGCCCGUUUUCUGGACCGCGUUCUCGAGACGGCAGAUCCUCAAGAUAGAUUAGAGUGGGAGCGUCUUCGCGACAGCCAAACCUUCAAUGAGACACUGACAACCAUGCACUGCCAAAACAAAUCGCCACCGCAAACCCGCGCCUCUCCGACACUCUCGCUCGAGCCGCAAGUUAUCAGCGCCUACACAAGGUUGCUGUCAAACGAUCACGAAGAAAAGUCCACCUUCCGUUUCAAGGUUGUAAUCUAUUCACACAAGCACUUCACCAAGAUAGCAGACUUGAACAUGCAUCUGAAGAUCUGCACUCAUGACAGAGAAGGGCUGCCCUGGCUCAGCCGUGAACUGAAGCGGGUGGCUGAGUUGACCAGCACCGACGCGGAGCGAAACGCCGCAGAUGGACAUGCAAGACAUAUCGCGAAAAUGGUCAUCAACCUGGAACUGGGUACAUGGAGAAGACCAGACGCCAAGGAGGACUUUGGCAGCGCCGCGCCCUAA